AUUUUUAAUGAAAAUCAUCAGUCAAUUACUUUAAUUACAGUGUUAAACACUUAAGUUUUUUUUUACAAACCAAUCAACAAAAAUCUUUUAUAUAUAAAAAAUGGCUUUCCUUAAGGUAACUAUCGUCUGCUUGGCUCUCGUUGCUGCCAUCGAUUGUGCUCUCUUGCGUGCUCCCUUGGCCGCACCUGUAGCUGCUGCUGUACCCAUCAAUACUGAAAUCGAUCCUCAUCCUCAGUAUGCUUUUGCCUAUAAUGUACAAGAUGCUUUGACCGGUGACAGCAAGAGCCAACAGGAGGUUAGAGAUGGUGAUGUUGUAAAGGGUUCCUACUCGGUGGUAGAUGCUGAUGGUUCUCUUCGUACUGUUUUCUAUACCGCCGAUCCCAUCAACGGUUUCAAUGCUGUAGUCCAACGUGGUCCCGUACCAGUUGCUGCUCCCGUUGUAGCUGCCAGACCUGUAGUGGCUGCUAGACCUGCUGUAGCUGUACCCACCCGUUUCUUUUAAGUUAAAUGUAUUUUAACUUAAAAUAACGUUUUAGAUGUAUAGCUUUCCUCUAUCCUUCUCUAAUUAUCUUUUAAUUUAAAAUCAUUGUUAUUUUAGGAAAAUGUCAUUAUUAUUUAAAUAUUAUUUUGUUGUUUAGUUUGUAUUUUAUAUUUUUUUGUUAAAAAAUAAAAAAAAAUUAAACGA